UGUACUGCUAUAAGAUAAGGAGUUGGAUCGUUGACCAGUAUCAAAGUUAAAGUACUCGCUGCAAUCUUCAGAACUCGGCACUACCUAUCGUAGCCACUACAAGCCUGAGUGGAAACAUAAAUGGUGGACUGAUGUCGCUGCAGGUGGAGAAUGGCACCCAAGUGCAGGUACCCCGGGCGCUGAUGCAGGCCUUCCUCAAGCAGGAUCCAAACCAGCCAGGCUUGGAGACUGUCCGAUUGCCAACUCCCGGAGCCAGUGACAAUGAGCCAAUCACCUUGCCACUCUAUUGCCGUGAAGUUGAGUCCGAGGUGUGCUUGGUAUGCCGUAGAUGCGGUAGAGCAUAUCCUCAGGAGUCGACGCUCCUGGCGCACCAGAGAUCGUGUUAUCUCGGUAAUCAGCAGCGUCGAGGAGCUCUGAGGCUUGUGCAAGCCCGCUACAGCUGCAAUCUCUGUGAUACUGGUGCAUCAACCAGGACCUACGGGACAAUGAGCGAAUGGCGAAGGCAUUCCGAGACUGUUCAGCAUCGCGCCCGACUCGAGGCCAAUCACCAGAGAACCGGACAAUUCGGCAAUCAGCAGUACGGGAUCAUCAGUGAUGUUGAUGGACAAUCCGGUGAGGAGGCCAAUCCCCUCACCGAUGAAAUGGAGGACGUUGUCAAUCAGAUAACACUGCUUGCUGCAAGGGCUGCAGCUGAGAGUACAACGACAACUGGCCAAUCGCCAGCAAGCCAGGACAACAAUAAUGGACCUGAUGCCAAAAGGCAGAAACUAGUACAGGAGGUUGCUGCACUAGCUGGUGCACGUUAAACAGGGUGCUCACCUUGGGACUAUUUUUCAUUUUUUUAAUUUUGUAUUUAAACAGUUACACACAGACGGAGACUACAUUAUCGACGGGAGAUGAAGACCGAGUAUUACCGAAUGAUCAUUAUAAAUUAUUAUUAUUAUUAUUAUUAUUAUUAUUAUUAUUAUUACUAUUAUUAUUCAUUGAAUUGAUUAUGAAAAAUGAAAAAAUUAAGUGUGCGGGAUAUAAGAGACACGAGUGAUUUCGUAAUGCAGGCUGCCAAAAACGGAAAAUUUUGUAAUAGAAAAAGACAAAAAAAAACAAAACAAAUUGAACGCACUUGUAAUAAUCGGUUCAAUUUAGAGAAAAAAAAGAAUUGGUGAUUGUUCUCCGUUUUGCCUGUUAUUUUUGUAGCCAAGACGCGUCUCGUUGCUCGCGCGCACUCAACGAAGUUCCUCUAAUUAAAAAAAAAAAGAAAAAUUAACGAUAGACCACAGGAUUCACGACGAAUUUAAUGAUAAUUCGAUUUGACUGAUGACGGAUAUUACGGGGGACAUUUUAUAUCCGAUCGAGUCGGAUAUUUAAGAGAAAUAAUAAUAAACCGUAGACGUUAUGGGAUUUUUGGAAUUUAUGAAUUAAUUUCGGAAGAAUUCGUCAAUACGACUGACUUGAAAUGACGUCGUCAAGGUGGUCUGACAAAACGUUCCUAUGUAAAGUAAAAUAAUAAAUGAAGCAAAAAAAACAAAAUGAAAAAAAAAGUUACUAAGAAUUAAUGUCGCGCGUGCGAGGGCGCAAGAAAUCUUUUUAGGUAGUGGAUACUGGCUGGAUAAUCCCGCCAAUAUACUACGAGUACGUACGUAUCACA